CAUUUUGACAGCGCAAGGGCCGGCCCAGAAGAAAUUUAUUGUGAAUUUAUUUCAGAAUCAGAAUGAAUCAAGAAGGCGUACUCGCUUGUUGUGCCGUUUGCAACCAGCAAACCCAUCGGAGAUGCGGUCGCUGUCUUAAUAUUUAUUAUUGUAACACAGAACAUCAACGGCAAGAUUGGAAAAGGCAUAAAAGUGAAUGUGCACCAAAGUUACAAAAACAGGAUCCGCGAAACGACAAACUUGACGAUCAUUCUUUGCAUAUUGAAGAUAAACUAAAGAUAGAGCACGAAAAGGGAAUACUUUCAAAUACUCUAGUGAAUAGUGAUAAGGAACAAGAAACUCCACAAAAAGGUAGUGAAGUGAGACGUUUAAAAAAAUCUAAAAACAAAUCUGGGAAGGAGGGUAGUGACAUUGUUAGUGAUAAGAAAGUUCAGAAUACUGAGCAAAAUGACAGUUCGAGUCAAAACAAAUCUGAUAUAAUAAAGAACAAAAGUGUUAUAUCUAGUGUAGUGUACACCAAUAAGGACUUGGAUAAAGUUAGUGCCAUAACUCACGAGGGGUCUUCGGAGCAGGAGAUAUUAAGUGAGACAGCGCAGCAGUUGAGUGCUGAUUUCACUGAAGCAAGUACAUCAAAUGUUUUGAAAGCUGUGAACAGAUCUGAGGUGAAAAUGCCCUCGAUACCUAAUGAGCAGCCAACGAGGAUGAAAGAGUACCCGGAGGCAUCUCUCAAAGGCAGCGCUGCACCGUUCAACAACAUAAUGAACAGCUACUACAUGGACCCAAGUGAUCCAUGUUAUAACCUCUGCCAAAGAGUGAUUAAAGACAUGUCGCAAUAUGGUGUAUGUGUGUUAAACAAUUUUCUUGGUAAAGAGCGAGGACUCUUAGUGUUAAAUGAAGUUUUAGAAAUGCACAGAUCAGGCAUAUUCACAGCAGGUCAACUAGUAUCAAAUCCAGGCAGCACGGAAGCGCAGACUAUCAGGAGUGAUCGCAUCACGUGGAUCGACGGCAAGGAACCCCAUUGCUACCACAUAGGGCAGCUUAUUAGUCAAGUUGAUAACAUAAUAUUGAAAGCCAACAAGAUGGUCAACAACGGGAAGAUGGGCAACUACAUCAUCAAUGGCCGAACGAAGGCUAUGGUGGCGUGCUACCCGGGCUCAGGCAGCCACUACGUGAAGCACGUGGACAACCCCAACAAGGACGGGCGCUGCAUCACCGCCAUAUACUACCUGAACCUCGACUGGGACGUCAAGCGGUGCGGCGGCUUGCUUAGGGUAUUCCCGGAAGGCACGAACCAAGUAGCAGAUAUAGCGCCCAUAUUUGACAGGAUGCUGUUUUUCUGGUCGGACAGGCGAAAUCCACACGAAGUCCAACCGGCUUAUGCGACGAGAUACGCCAUCACACUGUGGUAUUUUGACGCCCAAGAAAGAGAAGAAGCGCUCAGAAAAUAUAAACGCGGGCAGCCGUCAUCGAGCAAGUGAUGUUGGAUGCACCGGGGCGGACGCGUCGCCUGCUCCUAGUGGUCAACGGCUAGCACUUGGCUGUAAGCGUAUGACUAAGCCGCCAAGCUGUCAAAUAUAGGCAAUAGAAGAAUAAACAGGCCUGGUCAGUAACGGGUACAUAUUAGGACGAGGAUAAGUCACCUUCCACGUAUGGAAUCCAGCGUUUGUAAGGAAAUAAUAUAAACUGAAACAUGUAAAGAGCACCUUCACACUAGCGUUUGUCCAGCGUAGGCGUUUGUGCAAUGUAUGACGCUGCGGCUAUGCAACGCAUAAACACUAAAGCAGGGCCAAUUUAAGAGGUUACAUAUCGCUUCUGUCAGUUACAUGUAAGUAAUAAUAUUGUGUGCUCUAUACUCUAUACAAUGUGCGAAAGAGCACACGAUAUUAUUUACAUUUACCUGACAGAGGUCAAACGUAAUCUCUUUUGAUGAAUUAGCCUUUGUAGACGCCGUGUGAUAAAGUCAUUGUUUUGAUAUUAUCAGGAACAAAAUGAAUUCCGACAAGGAAACCUAUGAGGCUUUGCUGUGAAAAGAGAAUUGUAAAUAGAUUAUUACGUUCGAUGAAUUACAUUAUGAAGUAUGUAUUAUAUUAAUUAUUAUUACCUAUAUCUAUUAUGAUUAUACAAAUCUAAUUCAAAGGUGUAUCAUCUAUCACAUAGCGCAUACGUUUGCCGAACACCUACGCCGGAGAAACGCUAGUGGGAAAGGACUCUAAACUAUCUUUGCAUUGGACUGUAUUUUCCCCAGAUAUUUGUGAAUACUAGAAAUCACACCCACAACACAAAGUGAAAUAUGAUUUUUAAAUACAUACAAAAGUUGCAGAACUUGUAGGAUUCGAAUUAGAGUAGGAUUCGAUAGGUUUUUUCUUUUAUUUAUUUUUUCCUUGAAGUGUAGGUAAAAACACUAUCAUGAAAAUUAUAAAUGAAAUAAUAUGAUAAUGUAGCGACCCUAUUGGUGGUUUCGCUUUUCACAUCCCUUGCAAAUCUCUGGUGCAAAGGCAGCCAAUGGUGCUAAUUCUGUUGUACACUGAACUAAAUUGACAGAUUAAAUCUAGUGCCAUCCUUUUCUAUAAGGAUCUAUGUGAAAGGGAUAGUAAUAAAAGCAAUGUCACUUUAAUUUAUUUUAGAGAUUGUGUAUAAAAGAAUUAGCCACAACAUUUUUACACAGCUUAGCAAACAAUCAUACAGUUCGAACACGAUGGUACUUGUGCACUGUGUUCUGUGCAGUGCAAAAAUGGGAUCUGUGGUAAGACAGGAGUAUCGGGAUUGUGAACUCACGAACUUGUGCUCAAACAGACAGACAUACUUACUAUUAGACAUAUUUACUGUAUAUGCUAUAAGGACUAAAAUGUAGCAUUUUAUUUGUCGGACUAAGGAAGGGAUAAUGUUUUCCAGUUACGUGUUUAUUAAUUGUUUAUUAAUCGGUUCAUCAUCUCCCUUAUAGUUGCCAAACUAUUCUUCGUUUUAUCAGCUCUUUUCUAGUUACUGUAACCUUCACUUUUUUGGGGUGUUAUAAAUUUUUAAUUUACACUUGUAUUUCAAAUAUUUUAAUAGUUUUUACGUGACAAGAUUGCAAACUGUAAAAUGAUGGUGACUGAUCAUUAGUACACUCCGAACUGUAUGAUAGCUAAGCUGUGGUUUACAGAUUCACUCUAUUCAAUACAAACCUAGUUCAAAAUUUAAAUAUGUAAUAUACAAAUUGUGUAAUAUAUCUUUGUCAAUAUAACAUGAGUCAUAGGUUAAGGUUAUUAGAAGUAAGUGAAUUUAUUAACUGUACUUUUUAAUCUUAUUUUGUUUUGUGCGACGACCUCUAGUAUUAUAAUAUCUUUAUAAAAUGUUGUGAUUCUUAGUUUGGCAAAUGCAUUGAUAGUUUUCUAUCUCCAAUUUAUUUGUACUCCAAUAUGUUUUUAUUUUUUAGAAAACCUUUUGAUUGGAGCAGAAUAUAAGUCAGUCGUAAAAUUUUAAUCGACUCUUAAGGUCAAUUCAUAUUGAUGCAAUUCGAAAAACUUUCUACCGCACAUUUUACUAUGCGAGUGUCAGAAGAGUACGCUUCUCUCAUACGUCAGCUCAGACUCACCAAGUUAAAACGAGACAGAUUUAUGUCUCUAGCAUAACUCUGUCUCGUUUUAACUCCAAGUAAAGUCAAGCACGUAAUAUUAUCACCUCGUUUGGUUACCGAAUAUCUUAUUAAGAAUUUGACUGUUAUUAUAUUAUGACUAUUGUUGGAUACUUGUGGCAAUUACAGUCACUGAGUGGUAGAAUAGGUCAGCAGCAGCACACACUCUCACACAUACACACACACACACACACACUUGUUCAUGUCGAAACAUGUACUUUUCUUGUAUAUUUUUUAUAAUCUUGUCUUUUCUCGUAGCGUCAGUGGAUGGUUAAUAACUUAAGACUGAAUAAGAAUACACAUAGAGAUUCAGUGUAUUGUUAUAUUUAACGUUGGAUAUUUAUUUUUUUAUCAUAACUGUACAUAAUAUUCAAAAUAUAAAGGCUUGAACACAUACAGUGAGUGACGGAAGCGGAUAUUUGUGUAAACAUAUCCAUUACGGAUUAGAAGUUGCAAUAUAACGAACUGUAAAUGCAUACUAAUAUUAUAAAUCGGAAAGUGUCUCUGUCUGUCUGUUACCUUUUUGGCGGCCAAUCUAAUCUAUUUUGGACGAAAUUUGGUACAGAAAUAGCUUGCAGCCCGAUAACUAACAUAUGCUACUUUUAAUCCCAGAAAAUCAAAGAGUUCUCACGGGAUUUUAAAAACCUAAAUCCACGGGGACGAAGUCCGUCCGCUAGUAUCAUCUAGUAAAUAAUAAAGGUGUUCACACUGUAGAAGACAUAAUAUCACACAGCAAAUAUAUAUAUGGACCUACUCAUGAAGUCAAAUUUUGUCCUAAAAUUAAUUAUUACAGAGCGAUUUUACUUGUGUGUAAAAAAUUAUAGUAUUGAAUUUUAUACAAUAUAGUUAGACUUUGUUAAGAUUACUUAUAAUAUUCCUACUUUAGUGUUGUACCAUUAUAAUAUAGAUGAUUUAGUUUAUAUUAUGAAAGUGUUUUUAUUAUAAUUUUGUGAUUUUAUAGCUUGUUAUAGUAAACAUAAAAUACAGUGUCGUCUCACGAAUAUGUUUAUUUAUUAGCUAUAUUGAAAACCAUUGAUGUGAUUUCAAGUCAUUAAUUAAUUUGUGGACACAACUGGUAUUAAAUAUUUCUUUUU